AUGCCACCCCUUCCUGGCGGUAGCGGCGAUAGCAGCAGGGGCCCAACUCCAUACGAUCGCGAGAGAGAACGUGAGCGGGACAGGGCGAUCUUCUACAGCCGCGAUCGCGACAUCGAGAUGAGGGAGCGUGAGCGCGAAGGCCCCCCACAUCACCUUCAACCGCAUCCAUAUAGCUAUCCCGGUGGCUACGAACGCGAGCGAGACAGGGAGCUAUUAGAGAGGGAUCGGUACGAACGAGAGAGGGAGGCUGAUAUGCGCGAAACUGCUGUGACGACCGGAAGAGGCGUUCCGCCACCUUUGUCUAGCACGCAUGGCUUGCAUCAUCCUUCAGCGCACCACAGCAACGGACGAAUCACGCCGACGUUGCCUCCCCAGAAUGGUGCAGGGAGAGGACCGAGGGGUGGAGCUGGAGCAGCAGCGGGACCAAGUGGAGAGUUGAUGCGCUCGACGAACAGCAUUGGCUUCCGGGAAGAACGCGAGCACCUUGCUGCCAUGCGCGGCGGACCAAGGGACAGUUACCGGGAUCGUGAAUGGGAGCAGCGUGAGAGGGAGCGGGAGCGGGAGAUGGCGACUGCAACUUCCUCCGCUGACGCGCCUCCGCUGCCUCAGAUGGGGUCAGUACGCGGUGAUAGGUCGCUCGAAGCGUCGACACCGCAUUACCACGAAGGCCCGGCUCCUCCACCACCGUCCGGCGCUGGUAUGAAUGGCAGCGGCCCCGGGCUGCAUCCCAGUCAACAGCCGCCGACCGGGCCUGGCGGUGCGAUGCUUGUCGAGACUGCAAGUGCUCCGCUGACGCCCACGCAGAAGCUCGCGCUGGCCAACGAGCAAACCUGGCUCUCCAUUGCAUCCGCCGCCGAGGCAAUGGAGGACUACGACCGCGCGAUCGCGGCGAACGAGUCGGCGCUUCGGCACAAUCCGCGUUCGGUACCGGCGCUGAGCGCGAUCGCGAGCGUAUACCGUUCGAUGGACCAGUUCGAUAAGGCGGUCGAGUACUUUCAGCACGUGCUCAGCAUUGUCCCCGACAAGGGCGAGACAUGGGGCGCCAUGGGCCACUGCUACCUCAUGAUGGAUGACCUGCAGAAGGCGUACACGGCCUACCAGCAGGCGCUCUAUCACCUGCCCAACCCCAAGGAGCCAAAGCUGUGGUACGGCAUCGGCAUCCUGUACGACCGGUAUGGCAGUUUGGAGCAUGCAGAGGAGGCAUUCGCCAGCGUCGUUCGCAUGGACCCAGAUUACGAAAAGGCAAACGAAAUCUACUUUCGCCUUGGCAUCAUCUACAAGCAGCAGAACAAGUUCUCAUCUAGCUUGGAAUGCUUCCGAUAUAUCCUCAACGACCCGCCACGGCCACUCACAGAGAUUGACAUCUGGUUCCAGAUCGGCCACGUAUACGAGCAGCAGAAGGACUUCUCUCUGGCCAAGGAGGCAUAUGAAAAGGUUCUGGCAGAGAAUCCGACGCAUGCGAAGGUGCUGCAGCAGCUCGGCUGGCUCUACCACCAGGCGAACACCGGCUUCACAAACCAGGACCGUGCGGUCCAGUUCCUCACGCAUAGCCUCGAGAGUGAUCCAAACGACUCGCAGAGCUGGUAUCUGCUCGGGCGAGCUUACAUGGCCGAGCAGAACUAUAACAAAGCGUACGAGGCGUAUCAGCAGGCCGUUUACCGCGACGGCAAGAAUCCGACGUUCUGGUGCUCGAUCGGUGUGCUAUACUACCAGAUCAACCAAUUCCGCGACGCUCUCGAUGCGUAUUCGCGCGCGAUCCGCCUCAAUCCGUACAUCUCCGAAGUCUGGUUCGACCUGGGUAGCCUUUACGAGUCGUGCAACAACCAGAUCUCCGACGCGAUCGAUGCGUACACGCGCGCCGCCGAGCUCGACCCGGACAACCCACACAUCCAGCAGCGUCUGCUGCUGCUCCGCAACGCCGAGGCAAAGGGUGAAGAAGUAUCUUCGGCGCCCGUGCCGCAGGACGUGCACCCGACCGCGUACUACAACCAAGCCGGUGGUCCGCCGUCAGCCAUCUCGACUGGACGCCCGCCGAGCUCGUACAACAACAACAACGGCAGCAACCACAGUGGCGGAAACGGCGGCGGCAGCAACAGCGCAUCGUCCGCUGGGCCGCAGCUCGCUGCCGCCGGUAACGGCGCGUAUGACGGACUGGCGCACGACUUGCCUGGACCAGCCAGCCUCCCCCAGGGCGGCUCCCCGCCAAAUCGCGAUCGCAGACUACGCGAUGGCCUCGCGGUCCCGCGCCUUGACGAUCGGGGCUACUCUGGGCCAGGUGGGCCCAGAUCCCUAGGUCCUGCACCAGACCGAGUUGGUGACAGCGAUUACGACCGGUACCGCGGCGUAGCGCAGACGUCGCCUCGCUUCAGCCGGUCGCGCGCGGGUUCACCGCUGCCUCCUCCGCCGUUAGGCGCUGCUUCUUCGAGGGGCUACGAGGGCUACGGACGACCCAGCACCGGCUACCGUCCGUCCGGUUGGGAUCGUGAGAUGUACGAGCGGGAGGUGGAGAUGGAUCGCGAGCGCGCGCAUGCGCACACCGCACACUCGCACUUUGAUGGCCGACCACCGCUACCGGGAGGCUACGAGUCUGGGUAUGCGAACGGGCGCGGCAUGCCGCCGCGCGAUCGGGAGGCGUACGAGUACGACAGCAGGUAUGGGCCGCCGCCGCCCCCAAUGUCUGCAGGGAACGAUGCGCGCUACGGCGCCCCACCGCCAUCAUUGCCUCCUCCGAUGUCUACGCCGCACGAUAUGCCGCCCGCCGAGUCUAAGCGGCCGCAGCGCCGGUCGGAUGGGAGCGUCGAAAUAGCUGUUGCAUCGGACGAGAAAGCGGCAUCGGCCAGCAAGACUGGCACAGUUAUACCGACGAUGGGCGCCGCAAAGGCGCGCUCGAGGAAGAAGGGCACCGCCGUGGCUCCCCCUCCGGCUCCUGCUUCCGAAGGCACAUCGCCUGCUGGUGGCAAGAAGCGUAAAGGCGGUGCGGUGGCUGCGGUAACAGCAGCAGCAUCCUCGCCUCCCCCAACGGCAAAGCCCAAGCCGCGCACAUCGGCGGCGGCCAAGCGAGCUGCGGCAGCAGAAAAGGCUGCAGCCGCAGCUGCCACACAAUCUGCAGCUGUAUCGACUACGAAUGGUGAUGACUCGACGCGCCAACCCUCACCGGCGGGAAGCGACGACUCGACUGGCAGCAACAAGCCGCUCGCUAGCGCUGCUGGCGCCCCGUCGACUGUGACUGCAGCUGCGCCAAGGCCACUGUACUCGCGCGUCAUCGACGAAGAUUACGACGAUGGUGACGGGGCUGCCAACGCUCUGCUCGGUCUGGCUGGCGCAGCGAGCGUUGCCCCCGCAGCACCCCUGCUGACGUUGUCUGUGCCUGCUCGAUCAGAAGCAGAAGCCGAGCCAAGCACGAAGCAUGAUUCACCUCCAGGAGUGCAGAAUGGGACGGUGCAUCUUGUUGCUGCAGGGGACAAAACUGAACCUUCUCAUGCUAUGCAAUCGUCGAGGGCAGGCAAGCGGUCGCUCGACGAGGUUGACACAUCGACAACGCAAGAGGUGGGCGUGGAGGGCAACAAGCGCCCGCGCAAUUCCUCUCCUUCCGGCUCAGACGACAAGACAGUGGGUGAGGCUUCGAAAGCAGCAGUGUCGGCUACAGAGUUCGACGCUACUAGCAGUGGUAAUGCACCGGCACCCGCAUCAGCCACAGCGGCGGAUGUCUCGAUGGAAGACGUAACUCCGCCUGCCGACACUGCGGGCGAAGUGGCAAUGGAGCAGGCAGCGACAGGAUCGCUUGGCGCGACGGGAGAGGCACAGGUACGGGCACAGGCAGGAGCAGGGACAGUAAAAGUAGGAGAAGAAUCGGCGCCGGAUGCUCAGGAUGCUUCGGAGGUUCAAGAAGUUGCAAGCGAAGCGGCACCACCCGAACCCGAUGCGGCAACAGCCUCCGCCAAGGAGAUGGAAGGGGUCACCAAGAUGGACGAGGCUAAUGAUGGUGCUUCGGCUUCUGCUCUGGCUUCCCCUGCUGCUUUGCCUUCGCCUCCGGCGGCAGAGAAUGUAGCAGAUGCAGCCCCAGCUGCAACUGACGAUGCCAAGGAUACAGCAGCGGGGACAACCGAGGACGCAGCUCCGCAGGCUGAGGUUGAGGCUGGAGCUGUGGCUCCUCCAGAAGCUCCUGCUGCACCACAAGCCGCAUCUGCGAACGAAAAUGAAGGCAAAGUCAAAGCGAACAAGGACGCUGCGGAUCCCGCGACAGCGACUGACGAAAAGAUGGAUACAGCUGCUUCAACAGACGCGCCCACCCCCGCCGCUUCCGCAGAUGUUCUUUCUGCUGAAGCGCCGGAAGGGGGCGAGGAGGAUGGCGAGUUCGUGCCUGGAACCGGCGAUGAUGCGACCGGAUGCGUCGUUUCGGUGACGGCGGCACAAGAGGAGGGCAAGGCGGAUACAUCCGCCGAGAAAAAGGAUGUUGAUGCUGACGGUGCCGGUGGUCAAAGUGCAGCGCGCGAGGAAGGACAAGACGCGAUGGCUCGCGGGGUUGGUGCGGAGGAGGGGGAAAGGGAAGAAGGCGAGGCGCACGCUUGA